AAAAGAAAAGAGAGACGCGAGAGAGAGAGAGAGAGAGAGGGGCUUCCUUGAGAGAGAACAAAGAUGGUGGAAGAGAGGUUACUCUGAGAUCAUUCUGCAAAAAGGGCAGUACAAGAAAAAGAAAAAACCGAUCAAAAUUCUUUAAUUUUUUUCAUUUCUAAUUCUUUUCUUUGCUGCCUUUUUUAUUCUCAAUCUACCCCCAACUGCCUUUUUACCUCUUUGUAGUUCUUUCUCUCAAUUCAUUUGUUUAAAUAUUACGUAAACUAUUAUUGUUGUUUUCUGCUGUAAUCAUUAAUAAUUAAUAUACCUAUCCACCCUCUAAACAAGAUUUUGCAACUUUGUCGCCAUUGGCAUUAUCGUCGUCGUCAUCAAACGGGUCCCUUUCUUUAUGCACCAACUGGUACUGUGGAGAUAAGAGAACGAUAUAACAAGCUGUUUAUUAGCUUUAUGCGGUUUCUGAGCAAAAGGGUUCUGUGAAAUCGAUCUAAGAAACAAAAAUGAGGGACCCUGAUACGAUUAUCUCCCUGCCGCGAAGAAUUUAUAUUUGGUUGUAGUAUAGUUUUUGCAUUGUAGCCAGAAGGUAGAACUGGCGUUGGUGUGUUUCCGUUGUUUAUAAUUUUCAUUCUUCCUCUUGGAAAGAGGUGAGUUUUUGUAUAGGAAACCUGGCGAUUUUGUUGUAUAGCGUCCUGGCUGUUGGGAGAUAUUAUUGCUACCUCCAUCACUAUAGUGUUUGGCUGAACAAGCAAUGGGGGGUAGAUGGAACCCAAUUGAGUUCCAGUUCUUUUGCUUCUUGGUCUUGAUUAUUGGCCUUCAAAUUCAAAGCUCAUGGUCCCUUAAUUCAGAGGGAUUCAAUUUGUUGGAAUUCCGGGCUGCAGUGGAGUAUGAUCCUAAUCGAACCUUUGCAAAUUGGAAUCCUAAUGACAAAAAUCCCUGCUUGUGGCAUGGCGUUCAUUGUGUCAACGGUAAAGUGCGAAUGCUGAAUCUCAGCAGCCUUUCUUUAGAAGGAACAUUGGCGCCUGAGCUUGGCAAACUUAGUGACUUAAGAUCUCUUAUAUUAUACAAAAACCAUUUCUCUGGUGGCAUUCCCAAAGACUUUGGAGCACUUACGAAGUUAGAGCUACUGGAUUUGAGGAGUAAUAACUUGAAUGGAACAAUUCCUGAAGAUAUGGGCAAAAUGCUGUCACUAAAACGCUUGUUGCUCUGUGGAAAUAAAUUUGAAGGCAGCAUUCCGAUAGAGCUUGGGAGACUUAAUUUACUUUCUGAAUUGCAAUUUGAUGAAAACCUGGAAUCCACCAUGGCUACUGGAAUUGCAUGUGCAAAUAGAAAAUUUGGACAUUGCAUCUGGCAGAGCAGUUUGAAACAACUAAAUAAAGCAGAAUCAUCGAGCACACCAAUCAAAGGAGUUCUGACACAUUAUCUCACAGCUCCAUUGACAAUAUUCAAGUUUGAAAAGGAGUCUGGCCGUGGAGACAAUCACCAUGGUUCAUCUGAGGAAAAUGCAGUAAAAAAAUAUAUGCAGAAAUUUGAUAUUUUCUCACGUCGUAAGUUGCUUGAACAGUCCACUAAUCUUCAAGCUGCACCUGCUAGUGCUGCAACUUCCUCUGAACAGAUCAUUGCUCUACCAACUUCCCAUAGUAGUGGAGCUUUCCCUGCCAUCCCAAAGAAUAAACCUCUUCCUCCAGCACCUUUGCCUUCCAUGUCUCCAAAUCUUGUUAGUAGUCAGCCCUCCAAUAACACACCUACGGUUCAACCUCUUUCGACUUCUGGACAGAUGUGGAAGUAUUUCAUUAUUUUGCCUAGUCUGGCCUUUAUAUUCAUUGUUGUUGCAAUCAUGCUCUUUGUAUGCCGAACAAAAGCAGUGAAGACAAUAGGUCCUUGGAAGACUGGCCUUAGUGGACAGUUGCAGAAAGCAUUUGUUACAGGUGUUCCAAAGCUAAAUCGGUCUGAACUGGAAACAGCCUGUGAGGAUUUCAGCAAUAUCAUUGACUCUCUUGAAGCUUACACCAUGUACAAGGGAACACUCUCUAGUGGAGUUGAGAUUGCUGUUGCAUCUACUGCAAUUUCUUCUUCGAGUGAGUGGUCAAAGAACCUAGAAAUGGCAUAUCGGAAAAAGAUUGAUACAUUGUCAAGGAUCAACCAUAAGAACUUUGUGAAUUUGAUUGGCUUCUGUGAGGAGGAUCAACUCAACAGAAUGAUGGUGUUUGAAUAUGCUCCAAAUGGGACACUUUUUGAGCAUCUGCAUGUUGAAGAGAUGGAACAUCUUGAUUGGAAUGCAAGAACGAGAAUUAUUAUGGGAACGGCUUAUUGUCUUCAAUAUAUGCAUCAUGACCUGAAUCCACCUAUAGCACAUUCUAACUUGAGUUCAUCGGCUAUCUACUUGACAGAUGAUUAUGCCGCUAAGGUUGCAGAAAUUUGUUUCACUUCUAAAGGUUCAGUUACAUCAAAGGUAUCCAGCAAUGAUGAGUCAGAGCACUCUCAUUUGCCACCACUUGCUGAACCAGAAACAAAUGUCUAUAGUUUUGGAAUAGUGUUGCUUGAGAUAAUUUCUGGGAAGCUCCCUUACUCUGAAGAACAUGGAGCCAUUGAGAAAUGGGCUGCUGAAUAUCUUAAUGAUAAGGGGAGUUUCAAUAGCAUGAUUGAUCUGACCCUCAAGUCCUUCAAAAGCGAAGAACUUGAAGUUGUCUGUGAGGUUAUCAAGGAUUGCAUUAAACCAGAUCCACGGCACAGACCAACAAUGAAGGAGGUCAUUUCAAAAUUAAGGGAAGUCAUAAAUAUCUCGCCCGACCAAGCUACCCCGAGACUCUCUCCUCUUUGGUGGGCUGAACUUGAGAUCUUAUCUACGGAGGCAACUUAAAGUUCUCACUAACUCUCUUGUGUUGUAAGGCAAGUCUCUCUCUUACUUUGUAUCAAAUGAAAAGUAAUAACUUUUUAAUCUGAGCUUCGCCCCGCAUGACUAAAUCAUAUUCGUUUUUGCCUAUUUGGCUUUUAUGUAUGUUAUAUGAUUCAUUUGAUUCGAAUUUUUUUCACCAUCUUUCUGUAGCAUCCUGCCACAAUAAAAGUGUGCUAUAUAUUACAUAAUUGGGGCUUUAUGUACCCUUUAUAUACAAAGUUUGUGUGUAAAGACUAACACAGCCUUGUAAACAGUUGAAUCUGUGUUUUUCUUUCCUUGGUUUUGUUUCAUAGAAAUGAGGUGUUGAGAACUUUGAGAAA